AUCUACCUCUCUCCCUCUUCUUCUCCUUCUUCUUCUUCCCUCGCUAUGAGAACCACAAAGAACCAGAAACUCUCGCUACGAAGAACACAGAGAAGGAGAAGAACAAGAAGAGUAGUAGCCCAUGCACGUGCAGCUUGCAGGCCUCGUACCUGCUCCAAGCUCUCCCACAAGCUACGGGCGCUCAAGAAUCUCAUUCCCGCUCAAAACGACGUCGCCGGCGGUGAGAACGUCAGAGCUGAGAAAUUGUUCGAGGAAACGGCGGAUUACAUUAUUCUGUUGAGGACCCAGGUAGUGGUUUUGCAGAGACUGAUCGAGUUUUAUGGGUCUGGCGCUGAUGAUCAGAAGCAAAAUGCUGCUGCUUUCUGCCAUUGAUGAGAGGAUGUUAAUGCUCUGGUCUUGUUUAGAUUUUGCAUGGAGGGUUAGUGUGAUUACAGAUGGGGGAAAAAAGUGGAGGGAAAUCAGGAGAAUUUUGUGUUUUUUUUGGAACACUUUAUAUAAUACAUCACCACCAUCAUAUAUAUAUAUAACGUUUAAUCUUUUAUGUUGUAA